CGAAAUGAAAACAUGAUCAAUGAGUUGAGGGUUUUAUCUGGUGUGAUGUAGUGUAAGUAUUGAUGUCUUCGUCUGGGUAUUGCCUUAGUGCUGAGCCAACUCGGGGUUGAACGAGGUCUACGUUCAUGCCAUAUCAUAGUCAAGAGCAUCGGAAUCCAGAUUUGGGAACCUUACAAGCAUGGGGUCAGGAGAGAUGUUGUGUUGCUGUCAGGGGGUGGUUACGCCAGUCUCCGGCAGGUCCAGAGGACUAUAGUCAUGACGGUAUCGUUUCUCACCAGCAAAUAAAUGCCCCCUUUGACUCCAUCGCCCACUGCUCUACGCAGAAAGGGAAAAAAAUAAACCAAGAAUCGCGCGGUCACGGGAGGCAAGACUCUUAUGGCAUGUGUAGGAGGAUUAGCUAGACUUUGGCUCGUCUUCGGUCUUCGUCAGGUGCUAGCCCCGGACUAUCACGGUAACAGACGGCGACACGCCGCAUUUGCGGUACUUGCCCAUGAGCACGAGAUUCUCCUGUGUCGUACGCUUAUCGAAGGGCAUCUGUCAACUCCACAGAGCCCAGCGAGGCAGGUAAGGGGUGUGUCUCGAGACGUUAAAGGCCUUCAAGACCUCUUUAGAGACGUGUCCGCCCAGGACUCAGGUUGUCUUCCCCCGACGUCGACUUCUCAAUCAGAAUCCUCGAUGUGUCCCCCAUAGUAUGGAUUCUUCUUCAUCUCAUUCCUGAGUUCGGUUGGGCUGAGCGGCUUCGUAUCGUGCGUGGAAUAGUUUUCAGGGGCGGCGUAGCAUGGGUC